GCGCCUAGUGACUUUCGACCAGCUUUUUGGCUGCGAUCGCGCCGAGACCGGGAGGCUUUGCAGCUGGCCCUCAAGGUGGACCCGCUUGACGCGGCAACCAAGCGUGCACUCAAGAAGCAACGCUGUGGCAAAAGUAAGGCAGCUGCAGCCAAAGCAAUUGCAAGCGCGACGACCAAGCCGCCCAGCGCGCAGCAGAGUACCAAGCCCAAGCCUAAGCCCCUGACAGUCGCUAAGAACCCAGCCGCUGCCUGCAAGCUGCAGCCUGCCAAGCCUGCCCCAGCUGUCGAGAAGACGGGACGCAAGCAAAAGGUGGAGUUCAAGGAGAAGCGCCGCCAGCGGAAAAACUUUGCUUCCCGCAAGUACCAGCAGGCCAAGAACGAAGCACUGGCUGCUGGCAGCGCCCCGGAGAUGGCUUACCGCGAGGCCCGCCAGGCCCAUCGCGCGGCGCUGCAGGAGUGGGACUCCAACU